AUGAACUUGGACGAAGUAUCAGCACUUAAACUGGUUUUUGAUUUGAACAGAACCCUAGUUUUUCCGCCUCCGGUCACCAUUCCAAUACACGUUUAUGAAGAAUUAAGACCUAAAACUAAAGUUACCAUGCGAAGAUUGGUAAGAUACUUUGUAUCAAGAGAAGCAAAUCAAAUCCAAAUCACAAGCGGUCUCGUGAUUAGUAGAGUUACUGAUAUUUUGUUGAAAGGUGCUAGUGUUCAUGAAAAAAUCAACUAUUGCAACUUGUCAUCUCGUAUUAAUGCUAUAAUCAAACGUCAUGGAGCUCGUACAUAA